AUGUGACCAGUGCUGGGACAGCAUUGUUCUCCCUCCCUCCCGUGCGCCCGCCUCACAGACCCCAUCACCAUGGGAACUGAGCCAGCCAAUCAGAACAUCCAGUUUUCAAAGGGCAGCCUUAUAAAUUGAGUCACCCCUCCCCAGAGAGGCCACAAGCAACAUUCAGAGGCCUCCCAGGGCCCCCUCUCCCUGGAUAAACCAAUUCAGCUGCCCCCCAUUUUCCUGAAAGGGGAGUCACCUGCCUGCAAAGCUCAGAGACAAGUGCCAAGCCUACAGUCACCCAGCUCAGCACUCCACACCCACACGCAGCCACACCAUGCAGAAGCAACUCAGGACUCCCUAAAAGUUUCUGGUAGUAACAUAGGAAACACCUGGAGCAGCGAGAGCCAUGCAUCGGGAACACAGCACCCCAGCCUGGACGAAGGCAGUGACACCAGCCUACUGAGCAGUGGGUACUCAGGGGACAAGGAGAACAGUGAGGUCAGCUUGGUGCACAGUCAUCGAAUCGUGCGGUUGAAUAAGAGGCUCCACCCCCAGGUGCUCAGCACACAGUCCAGCCAGCUGUCCUCCACAAGCUCCCCCAGCCACACAAAGAGCCAGCCCCACACCCCCAGGCAGACUGGAAGAAAAAACCUAUCCUCCACCCUCCCCAAGAGCCACCACAGCAUCGGGCUGAACGGCACUGAGCAAGGUGGGCCGAGGAGCACCACCAGUGUUCAGGAGAACAAGACGGGGGACGAAGUGAAAAAUAGCAACCAGGUGGCCAAGGGUGAGCAGCCUCCCCAGACUCAAGGGAGUGAGUGGGUCCGCAAAGGGGAGGAGGCCAGAGACUGCCAUGAAGACAUCCACUAG